AGCGAAUAAUGUCGGAUCACGCAGACAGUGAUGUGGAUGCUGCGGAGGAGAUAAACGUCGAUGACUCCGAUUCCCGUAGUUGUAGUCCCAGGAACUAUUUACAUCACGAUUCAAAUAGAAAUCACGAUGUACCGUCCGAGUGUUCAAAUUCCCCACCGCCCAAUCAAACAAGUACAAAGCAACAUCAAUCGGAAGCGCCGAGAAUAAGUCAUCCCUUUAGCAUAAGUCGUCUCCUCGGCGAGAGCCGCAGUCAAAAUCCAAAAAGUCCAUCGUCCGAGGAUUUGGACAGUGACAAGGAUCGAAGAUCCUCAUGGACAUGGGACGAGAGUAAUAAUCGUACGUCAACAUUGGAAGAUGGACGACGAUCAUGGGAGCCGGAAGGUGAGGAGAAAACUUCCGAGAAGGACGACGAUGACGACACUGGAAGCACGCCAGAGAUUCCCACCAGCCAUUCACUUCACUCGAACGACUUAUUAGCACCUUUCAGACUCUUUCCCGGUGGUUCGGGACUCAUUUACACCGGAGGUGGAGUCAUUCGAGUGCCGGCACACAGGCCACCGGGCACGAAUGGCACACCAACCGCGGGGGUACCCAAUCAGGCACUGAUACCUCAUUGGAAUCUUCAAGCUCUUCAGCAUAGUCAACAACAGGCUGCUGCUGCUGGACUUAGAGCUAGCUUCUUUGCUAAUCUUGCUCCUCAUCCACUGCAGGCGCAUCCGCAUCUUAAAGAUAGAUUAGCAGUGGCUGGAGCGUUUCCAAGGCGAAUUGGUCAUCCUUAUCAGAACAGGACGCCGCCCAAACGGAAGAAGCCAAGAACAAGUUUCACCAGGUUACAAAUCGCCGAGUUGGAGAAACGCUUUCACAAGCAAAAAUAUUUGGCCUCAGCCGAAAGAGCUGCACUCGCAAAAUCUUUAAAAAUGACGGAUGCCCAAGUGAAAACAUGGUUUCAAAACAGGCGGACGAAAUGGAGGAGACAAACGGCCGAGGAGAGAGAAGCAGAAAGACAGGCUGCAAAUCGUUUAAUGCUUUCAUUACAAGCUGAAGCUUUAGGAAAAGUUGGAUAUCCAACUUCAGUACCAACUCAUCCAUCCAAUACGUCUGUCCCUAAUCUCGAAGGGCAACAGGCCCCACCACCAUUAACUCAUUCCGUUGGUCAAUGGGCCUCACCAUACGGUCCACCCCAACCUCUAACUGAUCCUAUUUGCUGAGUGUAAUGAAGAAGCAAUGUAAAUUUUUUUUUUCUUUUUAGUUUCACAUUAUACACGAGUUCCAGUUUUUUGCGUCUUAUUCCAAGAAACCGUUCGCAAAGGAAACAUUAAACAAUGAAUAUUCCGCAAGAACUGUAUUGAUGUACCGAGAGAGUUCCCCGAAGACGUAACGCUUAACUUAAACCACGAACAGAAUCAGAUAAUCACCUUCUCGUUCAAGGAAAGAAAAAAAAUUAUAUAUAUGUGUCAGUGUAAAAAUUGAAAAAUAAAAUUAGUUAACAAGAAUUUUAAAAUAUCUAGAUACACAAAAGCGACUAAACGGAUCUGUUUAAAAAGAGAAAAAACAAAAUAAUUCUUUUAAAGUGAAUCAAGAACAAACUAGAUUAUACAUUUCUUUAUCAAUACUAAUUAUUAUCGUUAGUAAUUCCAAAAUAAUGAUCUCAGAAUUAUAAUAAAUAUAUAUGAGCGGAAUAUUCAAGUUGUCUGAUUGCCAAAAAAUGACGAAGCUCAAAACGAGCCGAAUAUAUUGUAAAUAUAUUUCUUUAAAAAAAAUAAAGUGUUGUGAUUCUGUUAAUUAUAAUAAAAGUAGAAUUUUUUUUAAUUUUCGUGAAAAUAAUUUAGGCAACGAAAUAAUUCCAAAAAAACAGAUUUUGACUGAUGUGAAAUGUGAAAAUCUUAUAACACAACAUAUCUUUGUAAAUAUAUAUAAAAGAAGAUUAAGUUAAGAUUUGCUUAUGUACAGUAAGAAAAAGUUUGAUGUCAAUCAAUAAUUUGAACUCAUAUAGACUAUGAUGAUUGACAUGAACAUUUUUCUAUCGUAUAUCAAACACAUGCUUGUUUUGUCAUGAAAAAUUAUCAAUUCUAUCAUGACGAGUUUGCAUGAGCAUAUAUCCUGUACAUAAUUAAUGAAGGUACGAGUCAGAUUGUAAUCGUAACGAUGAUAAUGAUGAUAUACUAUUUGCGAAAUAUACAAUAUGCAUCGUUACUGUUAUUGACAUAUAUGAUUAUUAUAAACAUUUGAAUGGAACGAAGCUUGUAUUCUGCGUUAAGAAUAAUCCUAAGGCUAUCGAACUUUAAUGAACUAUGUGAUGUUAUGUACCUAUACUUGUAAUGUGUAAAUAUAGAACA